AUGACGAUAAAAUACAGAAGGGACAAAUCCAUACAUAUUAUUAUCGAGACAUAUGAUGAAAAUGGUCGUAAACGAGACAGGGGUGGCGACACGUUUACGGCAACCAUGAUGAAUCGGCAGUUUUCGGCAAGUACAGCAGGUCGUGUGGCAGACUAUGGGAAUGGAACCUACUCUGUAUUUUUCUAUGCACCAUGGCCUGGAAUUGCAGAGGUGAUCAUCGCACUUGAAUUCACGAGAGAAGCAAUUACAUUUUUGAGAAACGCGAUAAAAACAAAAGAAAUGAUCUUUCCCAUCACUGCAAAAUACACAAAUGGUUCACGAUCUGGGGAAACACAAUGUUUUAUGGCAAAUGAAGGGGUUUGGUCUAACAAAUGCGAGUACGUCAAUACAAACUCCUUGGGUAAAACCUCGCUAAUUUGCAAUAAACUCAACCAGUUCAGUUGCGAGGAAUUGAAGAACAUGAUUUCGUACGUCGAAGAUUUAGAUAAAUUUGCCGCGAGUGUGAUGAGGCACGAUGCCCACAUGUUUCAAAGCCCGUACCACAACACACUUCUUGAAGGCAUGCCAAUGAAAAUAAAGAUUACAGAUUCUUCAAUACAACCUCCAAGGCCUCCUCCAUGUGGUCCUGACAUGCCGAUUCCAAUCACUGAUGGCUACUGGAAAAACAGAUAUACGUUCAUUCCACUUGUUUGUAGAAGUCAACAAUGGACAAAACCCGAAGCCUCAAAAUGUCUACAAAAUAAGUUAUUUAUAGUCAGCGGUGACUCUACUAUUGGCCAGUUAGUUACUUCAUUCAAGGAGUUAUUUAAUUACGAAGGACUCGAAAAUAAUUUCGUGUGUCCACGAAUCGGAAAAACAGCAGAUCGAUUGCGAAUACUAGAAAGUGACUUACUUGACAAAUUUGGACAACAAGAUUGUCGAUCCAAAGAACUCGUGGUGGUCUUAAACUUUUUUUAUCACUAUGCCUUGUGGUCCGAAAGAGCGUACCUUGAGAGGAUAUACCGUGCUAAAUUAGCAGUGUUGAGACUGAGAGAAAGAUGCCCUAAUACAAAAGUGAUUAUAAAAUUAGCACAUCCAGUGAAAAAUCGCGAGCUUGUGCGAUCAGUCCACAGCAGUAACUGGAUUUUCUACGAUAUGAACAGGAUGGCCCGUUACGUAUUUGGUGGUAUUGGUGUACUGUUCCUUGAUCCCUGGGAUUUAGUGGUUUCAUCAACGCGGUUAUACAAAGAAGGAGUUCACAGUCCUCCCCCUGUAAUCUAUCAAGAAGUGUACCUCUUACUUUCUUAUAUUUGUCCCGAAUUAGUAUCUAGGUGGUCUCAGGAAUUGUAA